GAAAGAAGUGUGAGGUUAUUAGUGAAUGGUUUAACCUCUUCCAAAGUACUAUUCAACAAUAUGGCAUUCUUGAAGACGAUAUCUAUAAUGGAUGAAACGGGGUUUGCAAUGGGCCUAAUUUCUACUACACGGGUAGUUACUAGGUCAGAGACAUUGGGUCGUCCGCCUCUUCUACAGCCUGGGAAUCGAGAAUGGGUGACAGCUAUCGAAUCAGUCAACUCAGCUGGAUGGGCUCUACCACCAUGCAUCAUUUUUAAAGGGAAGACUCAUCUAGAGGCCUGGUACGAGGAUGAUUCUUUACCGCGUGAUUGGAGAAUCGAGAUUAGCCCCAAUGGGUGGACUACAGACGAGAUUGGUCUCUCAUGGCUUCAAAAUCUCUUUAUUCCAUAUACGAAUACCCGGACAAAGGGUAGAUAUCGGCUAUUAGUUCUUGACGGCCAUGGAAGCCAUGUGACUCCUCAGUUUGAUCGUGCCUGCGCUGAGAAUAAUAUUAUACCGAUUUGUAUGCCAGCUCAUUUGUCUCAUCUCUUACAACCUCUCGAUGUCGGCUGUUUUGCAGUUUUAAAGCGCGUAUAUGGCCGCCUAAUUGAAGAUAGUAUGCGACUCGGCAUCAACCAUAUUGACAAGCUAGAUUUCCUUGCCGCCUAUCCAAAAGCUCGCAUGGAGGCCUUCAAAUUCGAUAAUAUCAAGAAUGGCUUUGCAGCAACCGGACUACUACCAUUUAACCCGGAGCGGGUCCUUACACAGCUUAAUAUACAGCUUAAGACCCCGACACCUCCUGGAAGCCGUGCCGGGAGCACUCUUACCAAUUGGGUGCCAGAGACACCUCAUAAUAUUAUCGAAUUACACCAUCAGGCAGCUACAAUCAAGGCCUUAUUAAAACGACGCACGCAGAGCCCCCCGAGCCCUACAGACGCAGCUUUAAAUCAACUUAUCAAGGGCUGUCAAUUGGCCAUGAAUAGUGCCGUCAUUCUUGCAAAGGAAAACCAGGAUCUACGAGCUGCAAAUGAGAAUCUGAAGCGAAAGCGCAAGCGAUCAACCAAUCAGAUAUCUCAUAUAGGGGUUCUUUCGGUUCAGGAAGCUCAGGAUCUUAUCCAAGGUCAAAUUUCAGGUGAAAAUCAGAUGCCGCAGGGUAUGGCCACUCCGGCCGCGGAAGCGGCUUCCACGCCUCGCAGGCGCGCGCCGCCGAAGUGUACUAAUUGUGGUACUAUUGGGCAUAUACGGACUCGAUGCUCAAAUCGCUCUAAUCCAUGA